AUGGGCUCUGCGGCAUCAUCGAAGCUGUCGGAAAAGCUGGGUGAUGCUUCAUCGCAGCAGCUUUCUGACAUCGUGUCAGGGCUGAGCCACGAGGAGAAAGGCAAAAUCCAAGCGGCUUUGGAUGGAAUAGCUGGACCGGCAAAAGCACUCGACCCUCUAGAUGAAAAACUGGCAAACUUGCAGACGUUGAGGGAUGCUGCCGAUGAUGAGUUGUUCAACACGUCGUGGUGGGGCUUCUAUGCCAAGAAGUUUCCCAGACGAGCCACGUCUCUGGACGAGUGCAAAAUAUGGAUCCUUCGAUCUGCAGGCGGAUAUCCGACUUUGUGCUACGCGGUUGGUGAGCCGAAUGAGCCGAAGCACCUUUACAGCCGCCAAUACUUCUUGCUCAGGAACCAGUGGGAUGAUCGUGGGAUCCAGUAUUGGUAUGCCGACGCGUGCGCCAAUGGCGUGCUCGACGCCACAGAUCCGGAUCAGGAUGAAGCUUUCCGGAGCGAAGCGGAGAAGCAGUCCUCUACCGAGGCCUUCUGGCCGCCUCUGCCGGUUUUUACCCACGAUAUGCAGGCUAUGGUGCUGAAGGUCGUCUUGCCAACGGUGAUGAGAAUUGACGAGUCACACAGCGCGGAUGGCCGCAGCCUAGAGGACCUUGGGUAUACCUACGGCGAGGAUGUGGAGCAGGGAACGGAACCUGAUAAGUACGGUGAUGAAGUUCGCAUCUGGCGCAACGAGCUGCUGGGCAUGGGCAGGACCGAGAAGCUGCGACAGUUCAAGGCGUUGCAGCUGCUCUCUGCGGAUGUCGCUCCUGAAAUCCUGCAGGUAACACCGGAAUGGAGGACACAGCCGAGCCAGUGCCAACGGGUUGUCGAUGCCAGGCAGUUGACGAUUAAUCAGGAUGCAUCUCCGAUGGUCGCCUUUGCCGCUGAGGCACGACACAAUCAGAUUAUCGGCGAAUUGGGAGCAGAACAUCAGGAGCAGCUCCGUGCAAUGUACAAUAGUGGGCUUGCAGAGGUGAACAAGUUGAGGAACGAAUUAGGCAAUGCUAACAUUGCGUUGUCGAUUCAGAGGUCUGAAAUGGGUCAAGGUGAAGUUCGUUUCCAACAAACCGAAAGCGCGAGGGAACUCGCUGUCAUUGAAGCCAAUCGGCAAGCGGAAGCUGCCCGUAGAGCUUUAGAGGAAGCUAACAGCAAUGCCAGGCGCCUUCGCGAAGUGGAAACUUCUGCCCGUCAGAAUGAUGCAAUGCGAUCCCAUGAGGUCGCUGACAUGUCAUCUCGGAUGGACGAACUGAUGAGGCAGCUUCAAGCCCAGCGUCAGCAGACAGAAGUAUUGAUUCAGCAGAAUAGUUCAUUGAGCUCCAGGGUUCGAGAUUUCGAAGCUAGAGAUGCUGCUUUGAGGAUUCAAGAGGGAAUUCCGCAAGGGCCUCCACCCGGCAUUCCCGUGCAUCCCAUUUCCACCCCGAAGCAUGGAGGUGACACUCCUACAGAACAGGCGACGGACGCCGGGAGGCGAACCCCUCCAGAUGGCUUCAGCCCAGGUGGCGGUGGUGGUGGCGGCGGGCCUGAUGGCAACGGCGACGUAGGCGAGAUCCUUCGUCUUCCCCUUCUAGCUCUAGCAGACCAUAAGAAUGAUUUGGUUCUUUCGCUUGAAGAGGCUGAGGGAUAUGCAAGGGAACUUCGGAUCAACGGGAAUUCGAGGAGAAUGAAAGCUACUGAAAAUGACGACUCGGUUGAAGAUGAAGUUGGCAGGGACUACAUAAUCAUCGGCGCUUGGAUUUUUAGCGGUAUGACUGGAAUCACAACUUCUGUAGACCGUCAUGCUCAGCUGACCAAGUACCUGAUCGCCUUCAUGAAGUCAAGAGGGUUGAAAGAUACCUUUACGUCCAUCUGCAUUAACCAUGGUGGCAAUCGCCGGGUGCAUCGAGACUUGUUGAACCAUGAUGACUCGCUCAAUCACACUCUAGGCGUUGGAAGCUAUCAAGGUGGUUCCGUAUGGGUUGAGCAGAAGGACGACUUUCCCGUAUUUCGCAGAGAAGGUGUAGCUGGUGGGAAAUCAAAGUGCGUCAAGGUUACGGGGGGACUCGAAGUCAAUGGGAGAGUCUACGACACUCAUGAUCGAAUGUUAUCCUUCCACCCCAAGCUUUGGCAUCAGGCACAGCCUUGGACAGGUGAUCGAUGGACCAUCACUGCAUACACGAUUCGGGAUGUAGACGGUUUGAGCUGGGAAAAGUCAAAGUCGCUAAUGUCGCUUGGGUUUCAGUUGAAUUCAUCAAGACGGUUACCAUUUGUUCCAUCAUUGAUUACCGGCGACAGCGACGAAGAGCUCACUCUUUACGACUUUGUGAAGAAGAAGAAGAAGGACGAAGCCGAGAAAGAUAAGGAGCAUUUCGAUGAAGCCGGGGAGUUGAAAAGUGCCGAGGAUCAGCCACCUCCUCCUCCUGAUUAUACGGAGUACUUUCCUGAUGAAGGUGUUAUUGUUCGCCAUCAUAUGCAGCCUCGCAAAGCUAAGUAUGCUGUUAGCGCUGCGGAAGCAGACGUCUUGAAUAUCGGCGACCUGCGGUUGACCGAACGUCAGCUUCUUGGAAGUACUUCUGCAGAAGAACAAUGGGACGAUGGUUUCCGGGGGGGUAAGGCUUCGGGACUUUGGACGGGAACCACUUACUUGUUUGAUCGUGGUAUUGAUAAGCAUCAUGCCGUGGCUGCUGUUAAGCGCAUUCGUGACAAGAACACAGCUAAAAAGGAAGCUAGGAAACAGGCUUUCUAUGACAUCAGCCAAUUGUCGAGUGGCACCGGAUGCAUGAAACAACCCGUCAACAUCAUCGAGUAUGACAUGAAGUCUUUUCUUGAACAAGCUGUACAAAAGUACAAAGACCUUGCUGGCCCCAAAUAUCACACCCUUAAGUCAGCCUCUACUCCUUUCGCCGACGAGAAGAUCGCGAGGCCCAUCGACGAUGAGGCCGAGGCAAAGGGAUGGCUCGUUAUGAUCUUUUACGGGCUGUUCAGGGAUUGGCAAGCCGAGCCUGCUUCGCCAAUCGUCGUGCCGGACAACCUCGAGAAGAGGAUCGAGCCCGAGAACAACGGGGUUCUCAUCGAAUGGGGACAUGAUCCGUCGUUCUCUCUGCUCGGAAGGGCAGACGAUAGUGGUAGCGGUAGCCCAUCUGUCGUUCGGGUCACUCAUAGCAUGGAUCUUAACAGUACUCAGACGAGUAGGGACUUGCUCAAGGUCGUCAAAGGCUAUGCAAAGUCGAAUGUUCCCAUUACCGUCUGGGUUGACCUGCGCUUUGCGGGGGGUCCUGAUGAUCGCAAACACUUUGGCAAGCUAUGGUCUUCUUUCGUCAACUUAAGCACCGGAUUGGAUUUGAAUAACUGCCAUUACGUCCUGAUUGCUCCCUGGGAACAUUUCUCAUGGAAGAUGGAUCGAGUUGUCAAGUGGUGUUCCAAUCAUGAGUGUACGAGUUUUGAACUUCUUGAUGGCGAAAGAUCAGGCAAUUUAGGUCAUUGGAGAUUGCAUACUUCCCACAAGAAUUUGCCAAAUGAAGUGAUGAAUUAUUUUCAUGGCUGUAAGCUCAAGAACAUUUCAGAGCCACAAUUUCCUGUUCGACAAGCUGCUGUUGCGGUACAAGUUACUCUGAGCGAAGAACCAAUAGGAAGCGCAGCAGUGAUGGCAUCCUCUUUGCCCACCGUUUCUCUGGAGGAGCGUCGCCGACGCAUCGAGGCUUUCCGCAGGGCUCUUAAGGACCCUGAUUGCCUCGCGGAAGCGAUGGCCUUCGAGGAACCGGCAUAUUUCAAGGAUGCCUAUGGCGUUGUGAAGGAGGCGUACCAGUACAAGCUGGUGGAGCCUGCGGAGUCUGAUCCGCCAGAGGCCAUUUUCCUCGGCCGUAUCCGAAACGGCGAGUGGAUUGGUCUGCGGAAGCAGUACCCCUAUGCAGGUUUUCCCCUCCUGUAUGAGAUGUGGCACCGCCAUUUCAACAGCCCGGCUCAUCAGGGAAUGCCGAUUGAGGGCUUCGAGCUCCAUGGCGAUUCCCUCCUGACGGAGUGGACAGAACUUGUCAAAGCUUAUCUCCGCGACCUGGCUUAUGUGGGGCAUGCCACAAACGCCGAACGGGCUCUCAAGGCCACUGAGCCGUUUGAUGUCUGUCACAGAGCGUAUGUGCUAUCCCAGGAAACCCUGGGCUACCACGAGUUAAUGCCAGCUGCCACGGCGUUGUUAGACUCGGUGUAUACUCCAGCCCUCCGAAGAAUCGAGCAUCAAGAGCAACCAAGCUCGUAUUUUAUUAUCGGAGGAGACAGCUCUCUCGCGUUGGUGACCCGCGGCGACGGUGGACGUGUCCUGAUGAAGGGGACGAUGGAACCGUCACUCCGGGAGGAGAUGACCAAGGACAUUCGCAUGGAUGGAUGUUCGGUCGUCAUGCGCUGGGGAAAAGGGCUUGGAGACAUCGUGUGGCACGUGGAACAGGAGCUCAACCGAGUCCAGAAGUGGAAGAACGGCCAGGACCCGCUCGCACCGGAAGGUGUCGACAUUAUCAUCCAAUGGGGUGGUAAUGACGUCUAUGGCGAGUAUGGGUACAAAGGCUUUUCCUUCCACAUGCGCAAUGCGUGGGUUCGUGUUGAUGAUGCAUUGCAUGACACCCUUUCCAAUUGGGAGACCAAGGGACGCAAGGCCGUCGAGGACGCAAAAGAUGCCCUGGUCCGUCUCUCAUCCCGGAAGGGAGUGUCCUCUGUCACGUUGGUGGCUGGCCCCCACAACGGGGAAUUCUACGGGCUCCCAGAGGUCUACGACCUGGAGAUGGCUCGCCACUCCGAUGAGCUGAAGGAGCGAGGGAUCCGCAUAGUCGAUCCCCAGGCUCACAUCCUUUCGACAGAGCGUUACGAUGGGUUUCACAUGGAGGCUACCCACGAUAACGUGAAGGUAACCACUCGCUGGUUCUUUCACAUGUGCUCUGCAAUCAUGUUCGAGCGGUGGCUUGUGAAGCACGCGAUGGAGCUUAAGGCCAAUUCGCGUGGCAUCCUCUUUCACAACCACUUUCACCUCGGACUCGGCUUGGAAGAGCUCGACAUCCCUCCUACCACGGACUUGCUCAUCCCGGCGGAAGCUGAGAUGGUGACUUUCCCACCUGAGGCACCGCCCGUGCAACGUUUCCCAGAGGAGGAGAUUGUCUUGAACCAGCCGAUCCUCAGCUUGGAAAAGCUUGACGAGCUUGAGGGUGUACCGCCCACUGACUAUGUCAAUGAAGUGGCGAAAGAGUCAGAGGAGCUCACGGUUGAGGAUGUAGUGUCUCGUAACCCGAAUCCGGAGGACGAGCACCUCACCGUGGAAGCGGUUGACCCCGGCUCGGAGAUGGAACAAAUCGUUCGGAAAAUGAUUGAGUCGGUGAACCUGGUGAUGACGGAUAAGGAGGCUGAAGAGGUCGCCCAGGAGACGGGUGUUGCUCCAUACGAGUUUGUUGAGCCGAAUGUCACAGCUACAUCUGUCAUGGAUGGUGAGGCAGUCUCUACGAUUGCUACUUCCGACAUCCCGACGGAAGUCUGGGACUCCGGUCCGAUGGCUGUGGACUACGGCGCAGACGAUGAAGUGGAGCAUCCCCGCGGAAGUGGUGGACCCAUCUGGCUUACACCGGAUCAGCUACCUGAUGUCAAGGGUCGCAUGGGAUACUUUCGCCUCAAUGAGAUGGAGUGUGUUUCGUUGGGCAAGAAGCUGUCGUGGCACCUGCGUGGGCAUGCCAAGGACAAGGGAUUCCGCACUGUUGAGUUCGACGAAGAGCAGUCAGCAGAGAUUGGUGAUGUUUUGAAGGUCAUUGGGAAACAGUGGUCCCGCCUGACGGUGAUGACCAUCAUUGACCUGUUGACGUCCGAUCACUGUGACAAAGCACGGUUCGAACUCCAGGCGGAAGCCUUGGACGAGGAGACGCGGUUGGGCCGGGGAACAAACUGGCACUUUACCCGUGUCCGAGCAUUCCAAGGACACAACGCCUGCUUGCUCGUCCUCGACAGCGACCCGCUGAAGACCACUGUCAAACAGUGGGCCCUCGAUGAUCAGUGGAUCCCGUCCUAUGUUGAUCUACCGAUCACUGGUCCGUAUCCUUAUCGGGCAACGGCCUUCGAUCUGAUGCCAAAGCUGGCGUAUCACGCCACAUACUGGCGAAAUUUCAUCAAGAUCGUCAACACAGGCCUCAUCCCGGGAGGGAAAAUGACCUCGAAGGGCAACAGCGGAAGGCCCUUCAGCAUGUUCGCGAUGGAGCCUCAGUGGGAACGCACCUCCAAUCAGGGCGUCCGCCCUGGCGCGCAGCUGGAAUUUGUGAUAGACUUACAGCUCGCUGCUUGCGAUGGCUGUCGGUUUUUCGAGACAAAAGCUGGAGCGCUGCAGACGCCGGAUUGGAUCAGCAACCGGGCCAUUCUGUAUGCAUAUGACCGGUCGACUCAGGAGAUGAUCUGGGCGAACCGAGCAUACGAACCGGCGCGGAAGCGCUUGGCCCAGGCGUGCAAAGACAAGAGCCUCAACACGCCCAUUUUUGGCGAGCGGGGUCACCAGGAACUGAUCGAUGCAAAUGGCUAUUGCUUCAACUACCUCGUUGCAGGCCUAGGGUAUCGCAAUUUCGACACCUGGAAAGACGCCGCUAAGGCAUGCAAGGAUGUCUAUGACCUUGAUUUCUACCCAACAAGCAUGUGUGGUCUAGACAUUCGCAUCCCGGAAGGGCAUGCCUUGCAGGGCUCUGAGUCGUUGUACAAGAUGGUGGUUCACGUGGCUCCGAAGCACCCCCAUCAGAAAUGCAAUGAUGAAUCGGAUUGGCGCCGCCAAGAGAAUGUCAGCAUUCCUUCUUUUGCUUGCCCGAGCUGCGGUACAUCCAACGUUGAUGGUACAAUCUGCUGCUAUCGAUGUGAGUCUCGACUGGAACCGCACUCAGAUGUGAGCAUGGCCUUGGAGAACACCCGUGCAAAGCAAGUUGCCGCCCGGAAGGGUGAGCCCCUGGAUUACAGGGCAUUGCAACCAAGCGGGGAGGUCAACUCCAAUCGGGCUACGGGCAACAAGAGGGAUCGAAGUGCUGGCUCUGGCCCAGCCGCUGUUCGUCAGCAGGCCGCUAAGUACCUCGGAAAGGCCUUAAAGGCGGGUUCUCGCACUGUUGUUGAGCGUCAGUCUCGUGAUCCGUUCACGGCCUACAACAAUGCAAGAUUUGGCAUAUCCAUCACGGGGCUUGAGCAACUCAUGAUUUUCGCCCGAAUGAGGAUCGCCAACCCGCCGAGGUCACGCCAGAUGAUCCAUGACCGCACCGGCUUUGACGGCGCAGCAAAGGUGAGCUUCUCAUUCCCACCGGAAGGUGAGGACCUGACACUUACGGACCACUGCUUUGUGGCGUUCGUGGACAGGUUCUACAAGCUUGACGAAGCCGCCUUGCUAGCGUUUGCCGUCCAUCGCAAUGGCUACGUUAUGGACAUACUGGGCUUCAGCGGUCGCAUCUUGAAGCCGACCGGUCCAGUGGUACAGAUCUUGGCUAGGAUUGUGGGAUUCUUCCAAGACGAGGUACGAUAUGCAGUUGAGCGCGGCGAACAGGUGCCUGAGCUGGUCUUACCUGCCAAUCAGGAACUCCGCGUCCCGGAAGGGCUCGCCUCUCUUGGGGACAGACAGCUGAACGAGCUUCUCAUCAACACGAAGUUCGCGAGACAGCUCCCCGGCGCCAAGGGCGUCAAUGAGAGGAUCGGAUAUGCCUUUCGAGCAGGGAGGACGGAGAUCAGAGGCAGAUCAUCUCAGCCACCGAUUCCUAAGGCGAGGCCUACUACUCGAGCGACUGGCAGUGCACAGCGAGCUGGCUCAGUUCCCCCGAAGCCACGAGCACGCCCACGCGACCCUUCUCCGGGAGUGGCAGCUACCCGUCUGCGGCCAACCGAGCCCAGCUAUCCGCCACCCGGAAGGGAUGUGCCAGGAUCGUCAACGGAUGCACCGAUGCGUCCGCCCGAGCCAAAAGGGCCUCCACCAACGACCUUGGUUGUCGAUUCAAGGGGGAACCCUAUUGACCCAUCGCAGUCGCGCCGACCGUACUUCACUCGGCAUGAUGCGCUGCUUUGGGCUCGCCUCAAGGCAUCUCGGGACAAGAACGUUCCCAGAGGAAUGGAAGAUCGUGCGGUACCAGCUUUUCACGAUUUGAACGACUUCCACCUCCUGGCACCGGAGCAUGUGGGCUACUUCCUCGCUGGCUGGAAA